UGUAUAUAUAAAGACUUUUAAAGAGGUACGAGAGUACCUUUAUUUAUUUUACUUAUUUUUGAGAAAGAGUCUCACUCCAUUGCCCUGGCUAGAGUGUUGUGGCUGUAUAUAGCUCACAGCAACCUCAAACUCCUGAGCUUAAGCCAUCUUCCUGCCUCAGCUUGCCAAAUAGCUAGGACUACAGGUAUCUGCCACAACACCUGGCUAGUUGUUCUGUUUUAGUAGAGAUGCAGUCUCAACUCUUGCUUAGGCUGGUCUCCAACUCCUGAGCUCAUGCAAUCUACCUGCCUCAGCCUCCCAGAGUGAUAGGAUUACAGGCAUGAGCCACUGCACCCAGCUGAAGCUCACAGGUCCUGGCUACCCGAGGGAGAGGCAAGAAAUAAAUGAAGAAAGAAGAGGUUCCAGGACCUAGAUGUCAUCAUUCCUGGGGAUACCCUUGACCAGUGACUGAGUUUCUGACCAGAGAUGUUGGGUAUAUCCAGAAGAGACAAAGAUAGAGUAGCAGUUGCUGGUCAUAUCCCACAACAGAAGAAAAUGAGCAGUGCCCAGGAAUUGUUGACCCUGGAGGAUGUAGUUGUGGAGUUCACCUGGCAGGAGUGGAAGCUCCUGGGCCCUGCUUAGAAGGACCUAUACUGGGACGUGAUUAUGGAGAAUUACAGCAACCUGGUGUCAGUCGGUUAUCAAGCCAGCAGACCAGAUGCACUGUCCAGGUUGGAACAAGGAGAACAACCUUGGACAACAGAAGAUGAAAUGUAUAGUCGCAUCUGUCCAGUCCGGCCCUCCAACAGUCUGAGGGACAGUGAACUGGCCCCUGUUUAAAAUGUUUGAGGACCCCUGGCACAGGAACUGAGGACAAAGGCCAAACCUCUCUUGGCCCACAGGUCCUGGCCCCCAGAAGUAAGAGAAAUCAAGUGAAGAAAUGAAGGAAGGAGAAAUUUGCUGGCUUUGAAUAUCAUCAUUUCUGGGGAUAACUAUAGCUGAAUGCUAAGACUUCUGACUAUAAGAACUUCAUGGCAAAUACAGAAGAGACAAAAAAAGUAUAGUCCAUAUUGCUCACAGAAGAAAAUGAUCGAGGCCCAGGAAUCUCUGACACUGGAGGAUGUGGCUGUGGAAUUCACCUGGGAGGAGUGGCAGCUUCUGGGCCCUACUCAGAAGGACCUGUAUCGGGAUGUAAUGUUGGAGAACUAUAACCAUUUGGUGUCAUUGGGGUAUCAAGCUAGCAAACCAGAUGCAUUCUCCAAGUUGGCACAAGGAGAAGAACCAUGGAUAAUUGAAGAUAAAAUCCAAAAAACAAACUCUCUAGGAAUCAGUAAAGUUGAUGGUCAUCUGCAAGCAUAUUCUCUAAACCAAAGAUUUAUAAAGAGCACGCAACAAUGCAGUGAACAUAAUGCAUUCAGAAAUACUGUUCAUCUGAGCAAAACCCAUUGGCCUCUAGUGCAAAAUCAUGAUACAUUUGACUUAUGUAGAAAAACUCUGAAAUCAUGUUUAAGUUUAGUCAACCAAAAGGGAAUACAUGAAAUAAAUAACUCUGUUGAGUUUAGUGAAGAUGAGAAAACUCUUCUACGUGUUAAACAUGAACAUACUUGUACUAAUAGUCAAUUCCCUAAAAUUGAAAAAUCUACCAAUACUAAAUUCCAAGUCUUGAAGCAUCAGAAGACUCAAAAAAUUGAGAAACUCCAUGCAUGCACUGAAUUUGAACAGACCCUCUUCAGGAAAUCUCAGCCUAUUUACCAUGAGAACAUUCAUACAAGAGAGGAUCCUAGAAGUGGUCAAUGUCAGAAGUCAUCCAGAAGUUUCAUGGUCACUAAACACCCUAAAAUUCAUACAAGAGAUAAAACCUAUGUACCUAAAGAACACGGAAAAGGCUCUACUGUGAAAAGCAGUCUCCUUGUACAUGAGCAAACCCAUACAGAAGAGAAAUCCUAUAUAUGCAGUCAGUGUGGAAAGAGCUUUAUGAUGAAGCGCUACCUAAUUGCUCAUCAGCGAACUCAUAGUGGAGAGAAACCUUAUGUGUGUAAUGAAUGUGGAAAAGGCUUCACAGUGAAAAGCAAUCUCAUUGUACAUCAGCGAACUCAUACAGGGGAGAAACCUUAUAUAUGUAGUGAAUGUGGAAAAGACUUCACCAUGAAGCGCUAUCUUGUUGUUCAUCAGCGAACUCACACAGGAGAGAAACCCUACCUAUGCAGUGAAUGUGGAAAAGGCUUUACAGUGAAGAGCAAUCUCAUUGUCCAUCAACGAUCUCAUACUGGAGAGAAGUCUUAUAUAUGCGGUGUAUGUGGAAAAGGCUUCACAGUGAAACGCACUCUUGUUAUACAUCAGCGGACUCAUACAGGAGAGAAAUCUUAUAUGUGCAACGAUUGUGGAAAAGGCUUCACCACAAAGCGCACUCUCAUUAUACAUCAGCGAACUCAUACAGGAGAAAAACCCUAUGAAUGCAGUCAAUGUGGUAAAGCCUUCAGCCAGAAAAUAUGCCUCAUACAACACGAACGAUGUCAUACAGGAAAGACUCCCUUUGUAUGUACUGAGUGUGGAAAAUCCUAUUCCCACAAAUAUGGUCUCAUUACCCACCAGAGAAUUCACACAGGAGAGAAACCUUAUGAGUGCAAUGCAUGUGGAAAAGCCUUCACCACAAAGUCGGUACUCAAUGUACACCAAAGAACUCAUACAGGAGAGAGACCAUAUGGAUGCAGUGAUUGUAAGAAAGCCUUUUCCCAUUUAUCAAACCUUGUUAAACACAAGAAAAUGCACAUAAGAGAAAUGGGUAGAAUCAGCCAAGUUGAAAAUUCUUCUAACAGCGAGUCACAGAUUAUUACUUACAAGUGAACUUAAGCAAAACAAAAAUCCUAUUAAUGCAUUGACUUUGGAAAUGCCUUUUGUGGCAACUCAGAAUUUAUCAAACGUGAGUUUAUUUCUAGCAGAUGGAAUAUAAUCGUGGCACUACCUGUUGUCAGAUAUGUGCCAGGAGAUGAAAGAAGCUGCCCAGAUGAUACACCUGAUGAAUACAGUAGUGCCUUUAGUGAUCUUUUACCUCACAUUUUCUGUUAAUAAAAACACAUUGGAUAAACUGUAAUGCAUUCAAUGUGCAAAUGCCUUGAGCAGUAAUUUCUAGCUCCUUUGUCUGCAAAGUGUUUACUGAGACAAAUUCUGCUAAUGUACAGACUAGGAAAGCCUUCUGGGGAAAAGAGACUUUUAUCAUCAGGGUUCAUCAGAAAUCGUCUGGUGAGCUCAUUGUUGAUUGAAAUGUGGGGACUGUGACAAAGCCUUUACCCAGAAAUAAGACUCAUUGUCAGGGCGGUGCCUGUGGCUCAAGGAGUAGGGCACUGGUCCCAU